CCGACCCAAUUCUUUCCUCAUAUCAGUGUUAUCGGUAAAUCUUAAACCCUAAUUCUUCUGUCAAACCGCCAACAAAAACCUUUGUUAUUCAUUUCUCGUUGCCCUUUUUGUUUCCAUUCAUCUGAAACACACUAAACUCUAAAUUACUCAAAGAUGGUGAAGAAGAGCAAAAAGAGUAAGAGUAAAAGAGUUUCAUUGAAGAAAAAGUACAAGAUUAUUAAGAAAGUCAAGGAACAUCACAAGAAAAAAGCAAAGGAAGCAAAGAAAUCUGGAUUAAACAAGAGGAAUAAGGUCGAAAAAGAUCCUGGUAUUCCUAAUGAAUGGCCAUUUAAGGAACAAGAGCUUAAAGCUCUUGAGCUUCGUCGUGCUCGUGCUUUGGAGGAAUUAGAGCAGAAGAAAGCUGCCCGCAAAGAAAGGGCUAAGAAAAGAAAGUUGGGACUACUUCAAGAGGACACCAAUGCUAGCAAUGAGGAGCAAUCUCUUGAAGAGGAAAAGGGCGCAGAUGCUUCCAAAGAAUUCAUUAAAAACCGAGAUAAUUCAGACAGAACAUUUUACAAGGAGCUAGUCAAGGUCAUUGAAGCUUCCGAUGUCAUUUUGGAAGUUGUUGAUGCUCGUGACCCCCUUGGUACUCGGUGUGUAGAUAUGGAGAAAUUGGUUCUGAACUCAGGUCCUAAUAAGAAGCUUGUUUUACUCUUGAACAAAAUAGAUCUUGUACCUCGUGAAGCAGUUGAAAAAUGGCUAAAGUAUCUUAGAGAAGAAUUACCAACAGUGGCUUUCAAAUGCAGCACUCAAGAGCAAAGAUCAAAUUUGGGGUGGAAGUCCUCAAAGGCCGCUAAAACUAGCAACCUUCUGCAAACCAGUGACUGUCUUGGAGCAGACACCCUUAUUAAGUUGCUUAAAAAUUACUCAAGGAGUCAUGAGAUCAAAAGAUCAAUCACUGUCGGCAUUGUGGGUUUGCCCAAUGUAGGCAAGAGUAGUCUCAUAAAUAGUUUGAAGAGAUGCCAUGUAGUCAAUGUUGGUUCAACUCCUGGAUUAACUAGGUCACUGCAAGAAGUUCAGUUGGAUAAGAAUGUCAAGUUGUUGGACUGCCCUGGAGUUGUCAUGCUCAAGUCUUCGCAGAAUGACGCAACUGUGGCCCUUCGAAAUUGCAAACGAAUUGAGAAGCUUGAAGAUCCCAUUGCACCAGUGAAGGAAAUUCUAAAGCUCUGCCCUGCCCAAGUACUAGUCACAUUAUACAAGGUCCCUAGCUUUGAAACUGUAGACGACUUUCUGUAUAAUGUGGCCACUGUAAGGGGAAGACUCAAGAAAGGCGGUAUUGUCGAUGUUGAUGCAGCUGCAAGGAUUGUUCUGCAUGACUGGAAUGAAGGUAAAAUCCCCUAUUAUACGAUGCCUCCGGUAAGGAACCAAGGAGAAAUUUCCGAGUCUGAAACCAAGAUUGUUUCAGAACUUGGGAAGGCAUUCGACAUAGAUGACGUAUAUGGAACUGAAUCCUCCUUCAUUGGAAGCUUGAAAUCGGUCAAUGAUUUCCAACCUGUGGAGGUUCCACCAAGUUGUCCAUUGAAUUUCGAUCAACAGAUGCUUGAGGAGGAUCCACAGCCAUCUGAGAACAGAGGAAAUGAUGUUGAAGGGAAUGGUGAAGAUGAAAUAAUGGAAGCAGAAGAAGAAACCGGAAAAGCCAAGACUAAAAGCACAGCAAGCAAGCAAAAUGAGAAGCUUUACGAUGCAGAAGGAAUGCUUAACACCAAAAUGAAGCGAGCAGAGAAAAAGAGACGUAAAAAAGCGAACAAGCUAGCUGCAUCAAAUGAUACCAUGGAUGACGAUGGUGACUAUGAUUUCAAGGUGGAUUACAAACGGGGAGGAUCCUCUAUGAAUGUUGACGAAGAUGAAGACGAAGACGAAGACAAUGGUGAAAUCGAUGCGGAGGUCCCAAUGGCUGGUGUAGAAUUUGAUGAUCAGUAAUUAAGCCUUAUAUUUAUCUUUGAUUUGUUGGCUCAACCUUAAAAUUUUGUAGUGUUUUAAAUUUUGUCAAACAUGGAUGGUUGUGGAAUGAAAAAUUAUUCAACAACUUUAGUA